GAGAAGAUUUACUUACGAUGGAUCCGACCUUGAACGACCUCUUUUAGAUUGCAGUAUUUGUAAUUUACGUUUUAAUUUUGGGAAUAUAAUUUUUUCGGUGCUUUGAUUGCUAAAUUAUUUGUGUUCAUUCACAUCCGCUAUGAUUUAAUCGAUUAUAUUAGAGCAGGCAUGGAUAAUCUAACGGUCGACGGGAAAUCUAUCUAUGAGCUCAAAGUUACUGAGCUGAAAGAUGAGCUGGGAAAGCGAUCCCUGUCCAAAACAGGCAACAAACAGCAGCUUGUUGCGCGGCUUAGCGAAUACCUUACGGAGAAUCCAGAACCAGCGAGUGUUGCCGUUCCAGAAAAAGAAAAAUCACCAGCCAAGGUUGAUAUCGUGGCACAGUACCUGGCUGAUCGAGAUGCCUCGCUAGCUGCUGCACUGGAUCGCAAACGGAAAGUUCAAGCUGGUGAACACAAACCCGAGGAGCUUCAGUCGACCACGGAAGACACGGAGAACACCGCAAUGCCAGUCCAGAGCGUGGAGUCCCCCCGGAUCCCUGCGCCCACCCCUGAGGAGCACACUCCCGAGCGCCCCAUCACCUCGCCCACCCCCACGGGACGCAAGACCCGCCAGCAGUCCCGCACCACUCCCAGCCGCACGGAGACGGCGUCCCCUGGCGUGGAGGAACGCGAGAACGGUGGCGCCCCCAAAAUGGCCGCCCUGCGUUCUCCCACCCCUGAACUGGCCUCACCCCCGGCGCUGCGCAGUGCUGCUGCUGUCGUGCCCAAAGAGCUUAGUCCCGAGGUGCCGACCGUCGUCAGCCAUGCGUCGCCGGAUCGUGCUGUUCUCGCAGGUUCUUCGGGUACUUCAGCGUCGGUUAGUAGCUCAGUUGAUGAUCAGGGUGGUUUGAUUGGUAGCGAUCCGUUAAGGGUAAGUAAGGCUGCGGCUGAUGCGCGUCAUGACGUCAAGGUGCCUGAUACAGUUGUCGUGCACGAUCAUGUUCCACCAGAGGUGCCGUCGGUUGCUGCUGCUGCUUCUGUGCCGCUGAAUCAAGCUGCUGCUGAAGCGACGGUGAAGUCGGGGCCUAAGGAGACGGUGGAAGAGAAAGCGCCGGCUGUGGCGGUGGAAGACAAGGUGGCUGUCGCGCCUGUUGAGGAGAAAGUGGCCGUCGCGGCGGGAGCGGGAAGGAAGGUGUUCGAGAAAAAGAAGCGUCCGGAAAGUGUCAGCAGCGCGGUUCCGGUGCUUAAAGAGGCGGAAAAGAAGGAGGAGAAGGUGGAGAGCGCGCCACCGGUUGUCACUGAAACCGUGGUGCGGGAUGCGGAAGAGAAGCCCAAGGAGAAAGUCUCUGCGGUGGAGAAUGUGGAACCGAAGAGUUCUCCAGUUGGUCGAAAAUUAACCGAGUCCAUAAGUAUCGAAGAGGAGAAACUGGAUUAUGGCGAUCUCGAGGCAGACGAUGAUGUGAUCAUGAAAGAUACUAGUACUACCGUCGUCAAGCCUGCUCAGCCGGAAACACCGACCAACCGGAAGCGUCGUCAGUCGAUCACUGCUCCGACCGGCCGAUCUGACUCAAUUUCCAUUAAGCCCUCGUUGAGUGAGAAGAUAUCGGAACGUGGCGCCGAUGAAAAUCGUGAAAUCAAGGAACCUCCGAGAAAAAUGGCGCGUUCUGGCCUUGGCACUGUUAGCGAUGAGAAUAAAAGUGCCAUUGUGCCGGAGCAGUCGGAAGGGCGCUCCAGCCCGCCACCAUCGAAAACCGGACCAACACGGAUGGUGCACAUUAGAAAUUUGGUUCGGCCGUAUACGGUGCUGGCGCUAAAAGAGUUACUGAAGAAAACCGGAACCAUCAUCGAUGAUGCGGAUCAUUUCUGGACUGAUACCAUUAAAUCCCAGUGUAUAGCCUGUUAUACGACGGAAGAGGAAGCCACUGCAACGAGGAAAGCAUUGUAUGGUAUUAAAUGGCCCUCUUCUAGUACGAAGGAACUAACUGUGGAUUUUAUCAAGGAAGAUGAGUUCAAGGAGAAAACCACCGCCCCCUCAACCCCCACCAGCACUCCGACCGCGCUGGACGCCCGCCGCUCCCUGACCACUCCCCGUCUCCACGACAACCGUUCGCUGGACACGAAAGCCUUAGAGAACGUCAAAAUCAUCCUGGCCAGCAACAAGGACACGGGGGAGACGCAUAGGGAUGUGGCGCUGCUGCGCGAUCUGGAGCGGCGUGGUGCUGCUGACCGGCGGGGGAAGGAGCGCGCGGAACGCGACAAGGAGAAGGAGUCCGAUACUCAUGUUCAGACCAAAGAAGAGACGCAGCUGCCGCCGCCGCUCCGUAAUACUGUGAGUUCGAAGGAGGAAACCGGGUUGGAGAAGGGCGAAGCAGUGAAGGAGCGGGAAUGGGAUCGGGGGAAGGAAAAGGAAGCUGAGGCCAAGAAAGAGCCUAGUAAACCAGAAGAACGACCGAAAUCUCCACAAGAAAAAAACCGCCUUGAGUUAUUGUUUGAACGGACUGAAACGAAGCCGCAACUCUACUGGAAACGAUUGACUGAUGCAGAAAUCAGCGCCAGAGAAGAAAAGCGUCGGUUAGGGAUUUUCGAGGAACGUCGACCGCGUCAGUUUGACGAUUUCCGGCCGAAAGCUCCUGAACGAUCACGCGAAUCACCAGACCGCCGUCUGCCGCGCCGCGACAGUCCCCCGCCGCUGGGCCGACGGGACCGAUCACCACGCAGCCGGGAGCGGGAUUUCCGCGGGGCGCGCAGUGCGGGCGGCGGCGGUGGUCCGAUGCGACGCCGGCCGUCGCCACGGCGCUCCUCACCAUAUCGACGCCCGCGGAGUCGUUCACCGCCCCGGUACCGCGGCGGCGGUGGGGGUAUGGGCCGACGUAGUCGCGGCCGGAGUCCGCCGCGCGGAGGUGGAGGACGACGACGCUGGUGAGGAGGGAUGUCGCGGGGAGCAUUCCGGGACGGCGCAUGUGGUGGCUUUUUUGUUAAACGUGUUUUUUCUUUCUUUUGUGGGAAUGUUAGAAAUUAGUGUUUUGUUUUGGCGGGGAUAGGUAGGUCGCAAAUUGAGAGGGUUAUUUAGCGGAUGUGGCGGGAGAACUUUUUGGGGGGAAAUAUUAUGGGAGAAUGUAUGGGAUUGUGCUUUGAAGGUGUUACCGAUAGAUAGGCAGGUUCGUGGAGUUUUGAUGUUUCUUUGAGGCUGUCUGCCUAUCAGCUUGUAUUCUUUUCGGUGUCUUGUAUUUACGGCUACUGUUUUAAAGUUAAUAAAGAUUGCUAGGUUUA